AUGAAGAAAUUGUGCGAGCUGUGCGACUGUGUGGCGACUGUGAUAUGCGAAUCGGACCAGGCGAGGUUGUGUUGGGGGUGCGAUUCCAAGGUCCAUGGCGCCAAUUUUCUGGUGGGGAAACACUUGAGGGUUUUGCUCUGCCAUGAUUGUCAAGCCCCCACGCCUUGGAAUGGCUCUGGACCAAGGCUUGUGGCCACGGUUGCGUUUUGUCAGAACUGUGUCGAGAAAAACAGGCGACACGGGAAGACGGCGCAGCGGAGAGAGAGAAGGAGAGUGGGUGAGGAGGAAGGACGUGGGAGCUCUAAUGGCGGCUAUGGCGGUGGCAGUGACAGUGAUGAUGAGAAGGAAAAUCAAGUGGUUCCUUGGUUAUCACUCUCCUCUCGCUCUUAG